GUAAAGCGGGGGGUUUUAGACUCGUUUCACAUUAUGCCUGAUCCAAGGGGAACACAGUUAAAAGUUAAUGUAAACCCAGAGACCAUUUAUGACAUUCUUGAACGGAUCGGAAGAGGCUCUUUCGGGGAAGUUUAUAAGGGUGUGGAUAGAAGGACAAGAGAAGUUGUAGCUAUCAAGCUUAUUGAUCUGGAAGCAGCUGAGGAUGAGAUUGAGGAUAUUCAGCAGGAGAUCAAAGUUUUGUCUCAGUGCAACAGCCCGUAUAUCACAAAGUAUCAUGGUUCUUAUUUGAAAGACACUACACUAUGGAUCGUCAUGGAAUACUUAGGUGGUGGAUCGGCACUUGAUUUAAUGAAACCGGGACCUAUACCAGAAGUUCAUAUAUCCACUAUUUUGAGAGAGAUAUUAAAGGGACUAGAUUACCUACAUAGUCAAAGUAAAAUUCAUAGAGAUAUUAAAGGUUUGUUAUUUGUAACAUUUCAUUCUUAAAUUCGUUUGAUGAAUUGGUUUAUUCUAAAGAUUUCAGAUGAAAGUUCAUCCUUAUAGUUGUGGAUAAGCUGUGGAUGUUCAGUCUUAUAGGGUUCUGAUAGUUCCUCAUCUGUUGUUGUGUGUUGGUGAAUUCUCAAGCUUUUACAGCUGUUUUCUACUUUUAAAACAGGCCUCGUGAUUUAGAAGAUCAGGGUAGAUAUGUGGAGUGGUUUGUAGAGUAUCUAUAGGAAAACAUUUCGACAUAACAUAUUCUAAUGAUAAGUCUCAUGGAUGCUUCCGGAUUUAUAAUCCUCAGAUAGAGGCUAGACAGUGGACGCAAAGUAUACAGUCGAACCAGUGAUUAGCAAGAAAUCCUCAUCAAAAUUGGUGUUGCGACUUUUACCCGUUAAAUACCACGUGAAUUAUUCGCCAAUCAGAAUACGACUUAUACAAUCUUAACAUUGCCACAGCAAUGACGUAUUGACUGACAUGGACAACCUAGCGUCCUUACUGGUCCCUUUUCUGCCUAGCCCUGCCUGUUGAGUCCAGAACAUCAAUACCAGCUUUCACUAUAUGAUUAAUUUAUGUCAGAAAUACUUGAUUUAUAUACAAGCAAAUCAGACCACAAACCAUUAAAAAUAAAAAUUGUACAGGAUCAAGCCAAAAAGUGGCUGUGACUGUUGGAGACGGUAAUCAAUAAACUAAAUAUGAUUCAGGAAUAGCGAAUCGGAUCAUGAUAGUCUAUAGGUCAAAAUGAAGCGGUGAUAAUAAUUUAUGGACGAACUUUGAGCGACUCUAAAGUGACCAAAAGAAUGCCCAUCUGCUUCCUAGAGCUAAAUGAGGAUUAUGAAGUAGUUUAAAAAAUAAGGGUUAUGAUUUACAAUUGAUGGUUAGGAUUAGGAAUUAGAUCCAUGGUUUUCAUCACGAACAGACAAGCUAAAAUGCCAAAACACGAUUUAGCCAAACGGUUGAAUGAAUCUCGCGCUAAAAUCCAAGACCUAUCGUAAAUGUGAUUGGUUGGCCCAUAAAUUAUAGUCUCGUCGGCUCAUAAACUCAACUGAUAAUUAACAAAAGACAGUUAAAAGUAUCUGCUUAUGCACUCCACUUCUCAUAAGCUACCUCAGUUAGUUUGACUUUCUUUGUCCACUUUUGAUUAUAGAUAGCCUAUCAAUGUCUACUUGUCCAUGGGUAGUAAUGGCUUUUCCCAUUUUGAUAGUAGACUGAAGUGAACAACUCUAUCAAUUUAAGUAUUUCUGUUUGCUUGCUUAUUCUGUUUCUGUAUUACGUCUUGAUUCAUAUUACCAUUACAUAUCCUUCAUGUUGUUGACAUUGGCACGUAUUCAGCUUUACUUUUCCAAGUUUAUUUUUCGUUUUCACUGGAACUAAUUAAUUAAUUGGUAUACUAUUCGCCUUUUGAUAGCUGCUAAUGUCCUGCUUUCCUACAGUGGUGAUGUAAAAUUGGCUGACUUUGGCGUCGCUGGUCAGUUGAGUUCAACUAUAACUAAGCGUGGCACCUUUGUGGGGACCCCAUUCUGGAUGGCUCCAGAAUUAAUUCAGCGAUAUGCGUAUGAUUUUAAGGUCAGUUGUUCUCAGGACUGUCUACAUGUUUGCUACAGUACUUAACACCCAAAUAUUCAUCUGUAAAGGCCUUUUUUAAAGCAAAGGAUUCGACUCGCAUUCGGGAAUUCCUAACUGACUGAACAGUAAAGGGUUCAUAGUUUUUUGUUCCAAACUUCUCAAAUUUAAUUUUCUUUCUCAUGAUAUAUAAACACAUAAGUACUGAAAUCAUAUACAAUACUUUGUACCUUCAUAAGCUCUCAGGUAUUGAACUUGUACUAAUAGCUGCAUCCUCAUGCACUAAUCGGGCAUCCCUAAUUUGUACCCACUUCUUGAUCACUGGAUUGCUAAAUCUAUGGUUUCAUCAUUUAUAAGGAAAGGUUCAAGUAUACCUGUAAUCAAAUGCUAGCAACGGGUGUAUUUAUUUGCUCUAAGAAAUCAAGUUUUAUAGACAGAGUAAUAUAAAACGAAAUUUUGCAUAGUAUACUCGCCCCUUGACAAGCAAAUGAAGUUUGAGGCUGAACCAUGGAUAUUGUUGGUUAUCCAAGUCAGACAAAGUUUUCACAUCUGUGAUCAUGUGUCACUUAUUAACUUAGGACUACUAGUAUUCAGAUUGUCACAUGGUCAGCCCUCAUUGCUACUUCAUUUUCUGUGAUACUGGAGUGGAUUGGUCCUUAAGUAACAUUUUACCUUUGGGUGGUUGAAGUCGUAUCGAUGCACCCACUAGAUUGUUAUAUUGCUACUUAAGUCACUUAGAGGACUACGUCCAAAUGGCGUCUUACUUGAAUAGUAUUAUACAUACUAAGGACUAAAUUCUAAACUAUCAGUCUCAUAAUAGUCAGGAUGAGACUGUCUUUAUAAUCUGCGACCAUACUACAAUAACAUGAUGAUCUAUUGUACCUUUUGCGACGACAUAAUUGAGUUAUGUUGACCGGAAUCCUUACCAAGGUCCUAACAUUGCAGUCAAGUGUUGGAGUGCGGUAAAACUAAAAUUAGUGGAUCAUCAGUUCUACAGUAAAGUGUUGUAGUACGAGAGAAAGAUGCACAGGACUGGCUUCUGUUGGUCCUUCACGACUCCCUGGUUGGGGUCCUAGAGAUGGUGCAACACAGUGGCUAGAGACGUUAUCAGUUAUGGCUCAGAAUAGAAGCCAGUGGCGAUCCUGCUGUAACCCUUUUUACCAUCUUUAUAACAGGUGACCGUAACUUCUUUAACUGAAGGAAUUCUUUCUGGUUGCAUUUUUCUGUUUCCCCCAUUAUUAUUAUUUUACUACCAUACACUAAUUUGUGGUCGUUAUUAUUCUUUUUUUCUUUUUACACGCACCUUACAUUCUUUACCUCUCCCUAUUCUCAUUAUUAUUUUAUGGUGUGUAUGUAUCUGGUGCCCCCUUAUACCAAUAUUUACGUGUUUAAAUAAAUAAAUAAAAUAAAUAAUCUACAGUAAAAUUGUACUAUUGAAUGCCAGUGUGACCGGAGCAAGAUGUGUCCUAUGGAUGAUCAGCAUCUAUAGACCUGCUUCGGUUUGGGCACCCGGGCAAUAUCCCAGUCCUCACACAAAUCGAAUGAUUUAUGUGGCGCACAUAUACUUAGUGCCUCCUUGUACCAAUGUUUAUUUGUCUAAAUAAAUAGUCCGAUGUUAGAAAUGUUCAGUCAUAAAACCAGCACAUGUUUGAGUAGCGGAUUCUCUUUGCCUCCGAUAAGUUAUUAAUGUGGGGCUAAUUCAACCAAAAGAAUUCACUAAAAGUUUCAUGUAACUGGCCUCAAGCAAUUCACCUUUGGUCCCUGGUCAUGUUUCCGAAUGCAGAAUGUUAUCAGUCUUAGUUCACGUUCUGGAUAUAUAGGAAUUCGCAACUUAUCAAUGUAUGAACUAACAAGAAACGUCCGUUCCCCACAUUUAUCUAACAGGACUUGGGUUCAUCUUGUUUUCUAUCAACCCCCCCUUGUUUACUAAAUUUCCUUCUGUUUUCAUACACUUACUGUGCUUUAUCUUUCCGGUUUACAUAAUCAGUACUAACGGUUACAGUUUACAUAAUGUUGUCCCUGGUCUUUCAAAAUAACACUAAACUAGAUGUAAAGGAUUCCAGUGUUCGAAUUUUGUCAAAUUCGAUAAAAAUGUCGCAUGAGCGAACACUAUUGAACUUUGCUCUGGUUGGAUAACCAAAUCGUUCUGACCUUAGAUUAUUUAGACUCUUAACAACAUCUCUCGAUUUUGGGAAUCUUGGUCUAAAAAGAGGCCCUUCUGAACUGAAUUCAGUCGAUAUUAUCUCAUGUGUCUCUCAAUGCUGAUAUUAGGCAUUAUUUAAGAAUGCCGAGUCCGCUGAGGUAUUUUAAAUGUGUUACGCUCAGUUUUAGCUACCCAGCUGUACAGUGGAUUUAAAAGACGACAAAAUAACGUCCAAAGGGUCAUUGUCGACUGUUCUUAGCCGGCUUGUAAAGUGCAGACUCUAUAUGACAACCAUUAACAUUGUUUAAUGACCUCUAUUGAUGGGUCAGAGUAAUUUCUAUUAUUAUUAUUAUUAUUAUUAUUAUUAUUAUUAUUAUUAUUAUCUAAAUUUGUAAUUUUAAGAAUGCUUGAUGCUUCUGUUCCUUUAUUUCAACCCUUUUUGUCUAACCAUAUUCUUUAUGCUUAUCUGUUUAGCAUCCUGGAAUUGAUAUCACUUUUGCUCACUUCGUGCUCCUGAUAUUUUCGCUUUAUUGGUUUCAUUAGACAACAUUUGUAUUAGAUCAUGCUUUGUGAAAUGAAAUUGGAAUGUAGAAAUUCAGAAGAGUAGGGACAGACAGUCAACCACAACGUAGGAUCAAGCACAUAUAUGCAUCGGUCCAAGUUGCCAUACCCCAUUAGCACAGCAAGACGAACAUCGGAUUCAUAGAAGCCGUUAACUCAAUGGUGAUAAUAUAUAAAAGAAAGAUUUUAUGUAGAGAUAUCCAUCCAUUGGUUACUAUGGUCACGCGGACCCCAACCACGUAGUCUGCAUCUACUAACAUGUCUAACACUGAAAGUUAGUGAAUUCAAGCACUGAUGCCACGUUUUGGUUCGGCCGCCCCUAACUUUCUUCCAACCAUCCCCAACACUGGGGACAGACGCUGGUGCUUGUCCGUUUUCUUUGCAUACGAAUAAUUAACUAAACAAAUAAACCCGUUCACCGGGUACUUGGGUAUGAGGGCUGGUGAUAUUAUCCGGCUUCUCAAACCGAAGUAGGUGGAGCGGGGUUCAAACGUGGAGCUUAGUAACCGGAAGUUCAACGCCUUUACUGCUAAGCCCCCGCUCCAUUAUGAGCAUUACUUUGUUGACUACGACCUGGAUAAGAUGUAGCAUAAAUUUAACCUAGAGCCUUCAGACCUUUCCGUAAGACAAGGCACUUAGAUCCAGUAGCUGUAGCGGGUAAUUUUUAAGACCAUAUCGACAAAUUUAGUCAAGCUAAAAUUAAUUAGAUAUAAGCUUUAUUCUUUCAGCUCGAAAAAAGCUAUUGGAUACAUACUACAGCUCUACUUAGAUAAGGAAUUUUUUCCCUAACAGUUUUAGGCCCAAAAGAAACAAUAUUCGACCUUAAGAUUUAUCGUGUUAGCGAGUCCAGGUAGACCAUAUUGUCAUAAUCUAUUUCUGGAAAAGCUUGUUAGGAAACUGCCGCUCUUUUUGAGGCACAUUUCUGCAGUAUGGUCAUGUUUUAGUUCAAACACACAUGUAUCUGUCCUGCGGGACACAUCAACUUUGUAACAAGAGAACUUUUUAAGCUCCUUUUGAAUACUGAAAUGUAUCUAACUAAAAACUAUUUUGUUGCUCAGCAAAAGAUGAAAAGACUAUCCUGAGGUAGCCUUGCAUGAUCUGUAUUCUUCUGUAAAACCAGCUGUUACCUCUAUUAUCGAUGUAAACCAAAAGUUCUAGUAAAUUUCAGUAGUUUCUGGUCAACUAAUAAAUACUUGAAAUCCUGUCCAAAAGAAUCGUAAGCAAUUUAGACAUACAAUGUCCACAGAAUAGUCGUAGGCAAUAGUGGGCAACGAGAGAUAUACGUAUAGGGAAGACAGCCACGACAGACAACAAUAAAGUAUGUUCAGUCUUACCAAAUAGUUGAAAUAAACAGUUGGGUGUCAGUGGAACUCACUACAAUCACAUAAUGUUCUCAGACCAAGUGACUAAAACAGUAGGUAGGGUAGUUUGAAGGACAGUCCCUCACUUUAACUGCAUCCCGAUUACCACUAACCUUCAUGUGAGUUUGAUGUCGAACCUUCAUUUCUUAAGGAAGAAAAUGUCACAACUAAUCUCAGUUAUGGGAAAACAUCAAGUCUUGUAGGGUUAACUUCAUAAGUUAUGAACUAUAAUGUUCAGUAAGAUUGAGUAAGGUAUAAGGUAGGUAUUGAGAGUCAGAUGCAAUCUCGCCAAACAGCCAUCUCUCUAUUACUAGGAUAGGAAUACCUUAAUAAUGAUCACGAAGGAAUUCGUAUAUGUAUGCAGUAUUCCGACUUCAUUACGUAUGUUUUUGCCAACCACGUUCUGAGGGUUUUUUUUAACCAAACGGUGUCGAAUGAAGUGAUCAUUACCACUUAGAUUGUUUUCCUUUGAUGCUGGUGUAUUUGCAGAUAUUUGAUUGCAUUUUAUUUGUUUACUGGAGGAUGGCAGUUUUAUUCAAGUGUUACUGCAGAUAACGACGAAAUCACUUUAAACCAUGACAUUAUACCGUAAUUAUUUUUUUUAUCUGAGUUGCUUGUACUUUUCUGUCAGCAAAGGGGUUUUCAAUGAUAAAAAUGAACUAACAUCACACAGCUUUUAACACUUGCUACUCAUUUGGUCUGUUUUGGAUCCGUUAAGGAGUCACUGUUGAAAUAAUCUUCGCUACUUACCUAUUUUUUUCUGUAUUUUCUGCUUAAUAAAUUUGACUUACAAAUUACUGGGUUGUUUAUUGAUCUCGACGUUUUAUUUAAUAACAAACUGUAAAUUGUCCUUUGGAUUUUCUAGGUAGAUAUAUGGUCUACAGGAAUUACAGCCAUUGAAUUAGCUAAAGGCGAACCACCUAAUGCUGACCUACAUCCAAUACGUGUUCUCAUGCUUAUCCCAAAGAACCCUUCUCCUCAGUUGACUGGCGAUUUUAGUAAGGUAUUCAAAGAUUUUGUAGAUUGCUGCUUGACUAAAGUUCCAGAAAAUAGACCAACUGCACAUGAAUUGCUACGUCACAGUUUUAUUAAAAAGGCUCGUAAAACAGCUUUUCUGCAAGAGCUAAUUGAGCGCUAUCGAAAAUGGCGUGAUGAAGGUGGAGAUGAUGAUGCAGAUGGUGAAUCUGACGACGAUGGACUGUAAGUUCAAACACACAUAACUGCUGUUUUCGUGUUCAACAUAUUUACUUUAUCAUACAGAAUCGGGACAUUUUCUAAAUAAUGGUAAGAGGUAUGUAUUGACUGACUGAAAAUCUCUUAGCUUUUAAAUGUUUUUUUCACCAUUAUUUGCUUCAACAUCUCAUCUCAUAUCUUCCUAUUGUCCUGGCUUUUCAGUUAAAAUAAUUCAUUGUUUAACGUUAGUCAUUACAUAUGCUUAAGCUGAUGUGUAAAUUGUUUCCAAAUCCUGAUAUUUUAAUUAUAUUUCAUCCAUAGACCACAACUCAUACAUUUUAAUUCUUGGCUCCAUGCAAUCAUAAACAACGUUGGGUCGUUAUGGAGUUUUACUGAGAAAAUAUUGAUGCCUUAUAUGUUUUGAAUUGUUUAGCUCUUGGAAGUUAUAUGUAUCACGUAAUGGAAUUGUAAACUACUGUCUUCAUAAUUCAUUUUACGUGUUGUUAAGCCUAAGUAGUCAUUGGCUGUUAGAAAGCCAAAAGAACGACUUUUAAGGUCAGUUUUGAUUUUGACUGCAAAAGAGAAAAGCACUAAUUAAGUUUUAAGAAAUAAGCCCUUCCUAUCUGUGUAUGUAAUCUGUGUGACCAUAUUAAUGUUAAUUGAACAGUUUAUAAAUUCAACAUUCAAUAUUGGUAGUUUUAUUGUUGAAAAUCUGUUUCCUAACCAAUAACCUUCAGUAUAUCAAUAAAUCAUUAUAUUCUCAUUUCGUAUUCUACCUGGUAUGACCAGGGAUGUAGGACGAAAGGUUUUGAAGUGUGAUAAAGCUGAUUUAUUGUUAUGAGUUCACUAUUUUUCUACAAGGAACGUAAAAUUACAAACCAAAGCUGCUUCGUCUCUUUCAAGUAACAAAAGUUUGUAGUUAAAUUAUCGUCAGUGUGCCUAUUAAAGUGUUGUUAAUGGGAAAAUCAGUUAAUAAAAAACAUAUAAGCAUAUAUGUAACACUACUGACUAUCUAUUUAUAGAUUUCAUCACAACAAAACACAGUAGUUUUCCAUUAUAAAGGAAGUGGUAUUUUGUAGAAGAGGGGAAUCAUAUAAUGACGAAACAACUUUAAAAACUCGUAAUACAAACAAAGUCAAGAGAGAUUUCGUUUCUCAGUUACUGUUAAGUGUGAAGAAGUAAUUGAUUGUUAUUAAUCUUCAGGCCUGCUUCACUUGGUCCCUCGAUUUUUAAAAUGGAAUGAGUAUUGAGAGUCAGAACAUUAUACUUAGUGGAUUAGUUGUCAUUAGUUAUGGUCAUUCUUAUUAUGAAAGUUGAUUAUGUCUUUCGCGUUAUGGAAGCGCUAAUUUCUCCUUAAAGCUCGUCAUGUAAAACAUCAAAGCAAAUUGAAGAUAUUCGACUAAUUUAUAGUCUACAUGUUGAUCUAAGGAUAGUUUGUGUUAUCUAUCUGCAAACAUUAACAUAUAUUUCGCUGAUAUAAUUCUAUUUUGCAGUGACUAAGAGUUGACUGUUUAUUUCAUACAAUGCUUAUUCACGAUAAUACGAUGUGUAUAAUAUUAUACGGUACUUUUGCUUUUAUGAAUAGUUUUGAAUAUCAGACUGUUAAAGUUAUUGUCACUCCUCGGGUUUUAUGUAGAUCCACUCUGGUAACGCUUCCGGGACUAUAAUUUUUCUUUAUUCCUGGAAGGUAGUCAUACCUUCGGAUAUGCUGUAUUGUAGAUGAGUUCAACAACACAAUUACUUGGACCAAAAUUUAGAAAAUCUCAUCUUAAUACUUUCAGAAAUCUAAGUAACAUACCACUUGACCAAAUACAUGUUUGCGAUAAAUUAACACCAAAAAUUCUAAAUAGUAAAAACUAAAUAUAUACUAGUUUUGUUUGUAAGAUUUGGUGUGAAUAACUGACGAUUCAUUCAUUGAUUUACGAGAAAAAAGUCUAGUCAAAGUCCAAACUGUAGUUUACUGUGAAUCAUUUUGCCGAAGUAUAUUUAACUAUCGGACAAGUAGAUAUGUUUUAAAAUGAAAUAACUCAUUUCGUUUGGUUCUUUAAGCUUUAAACAGUUGAGACCGUAGCAACUAUCUGAAAUUUAAUGUUUGGUAUGUUUUCUUUUGAUUUCGGCUAGUCAUCCCAAUCGCUUUUAUUGUGAACCAUGAUAUCGUAUUGUUAUCGGAGUUUGUACCAUUCCUGCAUGAUAAAACAUAGCAUAUGUUGAUGUGUUUUUAUAAAUACUCUAUUACAAUAUCAAUUUUGAUCUUAUACUAAGGAAUAUCAUUUUCUUAGUGGUUGUCUCUUGGAUAAAUUUUUCUACUUAGGGUUCUAGGUGUUUACUGAAGUCUACAGUCAAAAAAUUUGUAAAGAAGUAUCUUUACCUUUAUCCAAUCCCUGUUACUCCUAGUAGAACACAAGCCGCUGGUCAGAAUUCUCCAACCAACUCUAUUUUGGGCUCGCUUUUCCAGUUGUUUCCAAAUAUUAUUGUUUUGAUGUCUGCCUCUAAUUCCCAACUCAAUCUGUUCUAUGAUCUCCCUCUUUUCAUUUUACUCUUAGGAUUCCAAAUUAGUCCUUGCCUCAUGAUUCAAUUUGAUGAUUUCCUCAAUAUGUGUCCUAUCAUUCUUCUGAAGGAAGAUCCUUAAACUCUUAGGACAAGGUUUAAAUGGUUUAAAUGACUUUUGUAGUUAGCGUUUUUUCUAUGGGAUGGUGUUGCUAACCUAUACCCAACCCUCCUUUAUCCGGGUGGUAACCUUAAAGGGGCUCUAGCCAGAGUUAUCUUUACUUACAGUUGAAGGUAAGUAAAUAAUAUGAAGACGUAGUUUUGUAAAAAAAACACUCAACCAGUCGCGUUCUUAAUAUUUAAAAGUAAAUGUUACGUGGGUUGUGACGUAAUUGUUGCUUCUCAUUGAGUGAUUUUAUUUGUAAGAUUACGAGAGUCAAAAAGUUAGUUGACAUAUCCUACCUCAAGUACAUAUUGUCUUAUUUUCUACUUAUUCUAACUCAUUUACUUUCCGUAAACUUUCAUUGUUGUAUUCUAAACAUCGUUCUAUCUUCCUGUUGAUCCCACCUUGUGUAAUAUUAGGUGAGAUUUUAUGUGACGUUUUUUAUUACUCCACAGUAAAGUGAGAGUAGAUAUUUUUGACAACCAAGUGGUGGCAAAGUUGUCAUUUAUGAACCUAAGAGUCUUGUUCUAAAUCUUUGGUUGAACGAAGUAGUGGGAUAUAUAUAGAAAUGUGAAAGGUCACGGUAUAUUUAUACAUAUAAACGGUAAAUGAAACAAUCUAUUUCAGAACUCAAUUAGUAGUAUUUACCUAUAACACUUGCUUAAAUCAUCAAGGGAAACUUCAUGAGAAGCUCUUGUCGUAUGCGUUUUGCUUAAAAUUCAUCCUUCUGCAUAGAUAAUCAGAAUGGAUCUGUUUAGGUGUAAUUUGAUAGAAAUCCCUUGCUCACAUUCUUUCAUACAGUAUUGAACUUACCAUAGUUUAAAAGUUUUCGUCUUUAACAAGAGGUCUUACUCGUAGAAUAGAUAUACUCGUUUUAAAAUAUUUGAAUUUAGUUUCAGAAUUAUGGUACAAUGUUGUUGCGAUUCAGUGAAAUGUUAGGUAUUUAGAGCAGUUUCUCUGCAGUCUUUAAAUUCUGUAUAGGACGAAUUGUCAAUUAUUUAGUUACAUUUAUUUCGUUCAGUAAUAUCAACUGAGAAUACCGAGUAAUUUGAAUCGAUUGAUCAUCUCCUAACAAAACACCAUACUAUGGAAUCCCGUUAUUCAUCACUAUAGACGUGAGAAUUCUAGAGUUAAUUAUAUAUAUAAUCAACUGUAGGAUUCUCACAUAAAGAUGUGUAUCAAAAUGCGAAUCUCUUUGUGGGGUAUCAACCUCAUAUUGAAUACACAUUAAAUAUGCCUACACAGCUGGAAUUCUUUAAUCAGCCUGUCAAUUUGAUUCCACACUUUUACGUUGGCACAUUUCAUCAUUCCACUUAAUACCACAGGUAAAGAUGCGGUAACUUUGGUCAUGGAAUUUGCGUUUAUUCUUAGGAGGCUCAAUAUUUGUCCUGCAUUAUUCGAUUGUCACUUAAAUAUUUGGAGAUUAAGUAUUAGUAAUAUCCCGUUACUUUACGUUGAGUUGUUAAUUUAAUCUUACGUAAAAGGUCAUAGUUUCUUUGAUCGAAUCAUUCAAUUUCUGUAUUUUAAGCCAUGAUUAUACAACUACACGAUUCAGAUUGUUAGCAAGCUUAGGUUAGUGAAUUUCAACCCCCCCCAUACAUAGUGUUGUGUGGUAUUAAAUUGUAUAGUGAUGUGAUUGUUUGGUUUCCGGCAUUAGACGUGUAAAGUUUCUUAGUUUUUGGUCAAAUCGAUAGUUGCCAAUUAAACAAAUGGAGUAUUGCAUACCUUACACAAUUUACACAGACAUGAAAAGAGGUUUUUUGCUAUAUGAAAAAUAAUAUUGAAUUGUCUUUUUGUGCACGUACGCACAUUCACAUUCCUUUUUUGAUACUGAUUUGUCCAAGAUCUGUGUUUAUUGUUUGAUUCUUUUCUUUAUACUAUUUUUAUAGUAUAAUUCACUGAAAAAAAAGACUAGCACAUAUGCUGCACAUAAACAUUUUUUGUUCGUAGCAUAUAUGUCUGUACUUACGUAAUUCGAUCUUUUUGUUCAAAUAAUUGCGUUGUAUUAUUACAAUUUAGUUACUUUUUAUUUAUAAACCUCUAAAAAAUUUUCAGCAUUUAACAUUGAAAUCCAAGUGAAUGUUUAGUAACUAUAUAUUUUACUCACGACUAAAUAGAAAUGUUGUGAAAUCACAUAACGUUUACGUAGUAACGAAUUGUACUCUCCUAUCUUGUUUGUAAUCACAUUUCAUUAACUGUUCAUGGUUUCUAACCUAAACUGUUUUAUUUUUAAAAAUUGAUUGUUUCUUACAUUAAGUUUUCAGUUAUGAAAUUAUUUGUUUAACAUUUUUCCAAAUGAUAAUAAUACUUCUGGAGUUUCAUAGUAUUAUUAUCAUUGUUAUUACUAUUAUUAUUAUUAAAGGGUAGAUCUACUUACUGAAGACGCUGACAAAAUUAUGUCCUGAAUGUUUUUUAAAGUGACAAUAUAAGGAUGUUUAAAGUUUGUUUCUCUUUCUCUAAAUACAAGAUUUUACUUCAAUACUAGUCUGUUAGUAAGGAGUGGAGUAUUUGAGGGCCUUAAUAACUCUACUUAUUUUGGAAGUUUCAUAUUAUAACCGAAAUUACUGGUUAGAGGCCUCAAGCGAUAUGCCUCAAAAUGGCUCCUAGUGACCCAGUUGCACCAAAACCCUGAAAAAGGUUUUGUUCUCUUUUUUUUCUGCACGUUUUUCGUCCUUAUACAGAUUCCACAAGUUGGCAUUAGGUAAAGUACUUACUGAUCUUAUCCAUCCAAUUAUGUUUUAAUAUUGGAAGAAAUAUAUUGAUAGCUGGCACAUUAUAAGUACAGGUUUUUUUAAUAAAUUUGUUGAAAAUCGUAUAUGACUUGAAAACUAUCGUUAGAAUUGAAUCCAAAUGGAACACUAACUAUAUUUGAAGUCUUAUUUUUUUUUAGAUAAGUGCUUAAGCUGAUGUCCCAGAUGACAUUAUUGUCUAUUAUUAGAUGCUAAAAGUUCAAAUCAGUGAAAAUUUUGAUUAAAAACUAAAUUUUGUAAUCGAAGAGUUGUAAAAGUGUAGGCUAAAGAAUUUAAAAUUUACAGAGAACUAGUACAUGAAACGGUAAUAUAAUCGUCUAACCUACAAUUGUGUUAUAUUUUAUGACCUUUGAUAUCCGACCAUGGAUGCUUCAUGAUUUUGGUUAACGACGUUAUAGACAUCAACUCGGUGAGACAAUAAAUGCUCAUCAGUUGGUCUAACUUCAUUAAUUGUAAAGUUUACGUUAUUUUUAAAACACUUCUCAACACAAUAUCAUGAUAUAUGGAAAGAUGAAACGUGAUGAAUUACAGUUAUGUUCAUUUUUUACUUUGUCGUUAUUGUAUUGGCUUCCACGUACAUUAAGACUGGUUGUUGCUAUUUGAAUUUUCUUAGUGUUCCAGAUGAGGAAGAUCUUGUAAAUGCUCAUCCAAAUACUCCUGGAGCUCCUGUUGGUGCUGAAAAACCCGGUCAAAAGAAGAAACAUUUUGAUGGUAUGAGACCGGGAAAAGCGUCUGAUACAUUCAAGUGGAAUUUUGAAACAGUUCGUGCUAUGCCAUCACAGUCUGCACAAGUUUCUCAUAAUCCAGGUUCAGCUUACUCUUCUCCCGAUGUUUCUACUACCCACCAUUCUUCUUCAUCGUCACCAUCCAGUUCAGAUGCCCAGUCUGUUAUCAAGCGAACAUCUGGUGGUCCUGCACUUGAAGCCGAACGACGUCUCUCUGAUGGAUAUGAAUCACGUGCUGCGAACCCUGCAAUUGGAGGACCUCUUCAUUCGGGGUUCCAACCUUCACAAAUUGGUUUAUGUACAGCAGAUGAAAAUUCUCGUGUCCAAAUGUCACGUUCAGCAAUGAAUUCAAAUCAGAAUACCGCUAGUCCUAAUGCAUUUUCCGGCCCUACUAAUAUUCCGAUUAUCCGGCCACAAAAUGUUCAACCUGUUACUAGAAUUAUGGCUAGCGAUAUUCCUCAGUCACGCCAAGUUUAUGUUGGUGAUCCUGGACACUCGAAAUUAGUCAACUCAAAGAAUAUUUCUACAUCAGCUAAUAACAAACCUCAACAUAGUCAAUCACCACCAUUGGUUGUAAAUCUCAAUAAACCAUCUUGUUUCCAUCAGCACGUUUUACCUUUGCUUCAGGAUCUCCAAGAUGUUUACAGUCAAGUCACUAGUGGUGCUUCGGAUUCGAUCUCCAAUUUAGCGGCUACGUUUCAGGCAGUUGAUGCUUCGUCACCUCAGUAUACAACCGAAUUUUUAGCGGAGUUAUUAACCCGUGUAUUGGAUAGCAAUCCACGAUUAUCUACCAAUGUUAGGCGUCGUGUACUAGAUCGCUUACGCAUGAAUUCAUCCGACUCUUAAUGUAAAUUAUUUUCUAAUAGCAGUGGUAUGUUUUGUUGUACCUACGUUUUUCGAUCCCGUACUAUUGAUACCUGUGUUUUUGAUGUAUAACUCCGAAAAUAUUUUCUUUAAAAUCAUGUUCAUUCUCGGGAUCAUACGUAAGCAUUAAAAGAAGCAAUGUCUUUUCGUCAUUUCUACCUGCACUUCAACAUAUAGCAGUUUGGAUUCAAUCAAAAUGAGUUAUACUAUCGAAAGACGUAUUUUCAAAAAUAUGAUGGUGCUAACUCGAAACGUUCUCAUUUGCGACAUCUGAGUAUAAAUGUGUUUCCUUCACAUCUCAUUACUCUGAAAUACAUACCUUUCGUUUAUUUUUGAAAUCCUCUGUUAUUUGACUAUCGAAAUAUUACUUUACUUUACUCCUCUGUCUUGUUAUUCUAUUUUCUGUGGUUUGUUACGUAUGUACUACUAAUAGUUGUUUCUGUCAUAUCUCGAAAGAUGACCGAAAUCUGAAAUGUAGUUGCUGAUUUUCGAAAGUUUUAGGCAACUAACAGUAAUUUAAUCUACUGUUUACGAUAAUUGGUUGUGUGAAUAGAGAAAAUCAAUCAGUUAGGCUGUAAACAUAUCGUCAAAGAGUGAUAAACAACAGUAAUUAUUGUGUGUUAAAGCGUUUUUAGUAGUUUUAGAUGCUUGUACUAGUCAACCCCGUAGUGAAACCAGUUAUAGGACCUAGCGGAUUCGUAUGAUUUUAAAUUUAUUUAAUUUUUCUUAUAUAAUAAUUUGGUUAAAUCCCUUUGUUUGUCUUGUGUGUGUUUUCUAUUUUUCCAGCAAUCCCAUUCCUAUCGUGGAUAGUUUUAUAUGUUCAUCAGUUUAUUAUAUAUAUUUAAAUUAUCGUUAGCGUAAAAUUGAUACACAAUCAUAUUCGCUUUAGUACAUAUAUUCUGUCUUCUUUUUUAUGACUUCUCAUCAUUUUGUUCUUGUAAUAUGAUUUAUUGCAAGGAAUAUAUUGUAUGAAAAUAUAUUUUCCUAACUCAAUGUAUGUCAGCAAUAUAUGCUGUGUAAUUUUAAUUUAACAAACUCUAUGUGCUCAACUUUGUUUUCUCACAUUCCUUAACACUUAUUAGUUAGACUUUGUCACCUUUUUAUUAGGGGAAUAAUAUUCUAUUCUCAUGUUUUUCUAAUAUACACAUGCUAGUUCAUGUAGUUCGUUAAAAAAAGACAGUUUUAUUGCAUAUUUUGUCAUUCAGUAACGUAAAGCAAUAAGAGCUACUAUUCUAUAAAUUACAUACUUCUCAUGACCUCGUUAUUCAAUACACAAUGUGGUUUAUUACAAUCAUUGUGUUAUUGAAGUUCGCAAGUUUUAGGUGUGUUGUCCUUGUUUUUUUUAAAACUAUUAAAUAAUUAAUCAUGUCGAUCUUAUCAUUUUCGUUAGCUAUCAGACAAGUUUAGUAUCAUCUCCUUGAGGAUGAUUCUAGGUUGUAAAGAAAAAAAAAUUUAAGUGUUAAUCAGCGUUUUGAUGUCACCGUUAGUUUUCUUUCUUUCCCCAAGGUUGUUUUCGGGCAUGAAUUUUUGUUGUUGCUCUCUGUUACGUACUAUUUUCUUAUCUUUUAUUAUAAACCUAACCAAUCAAAUCACGAAAAAAAAACUCAAGUAUGUAUGUAAACUGUUAUCUUGAAUGGUUUCGUUUAAUGUAAAAUUUUCGCUAAUAGUACACUGGAUAUUGUCUUACAGGGCAUUUUUCUCGUUUUAUGAAUGAUAAUUUUCACACCUAUGAAACAAUUAUUAUUUCUACUACUAUUAUUAGUAAUAAUAAUGCUGCAGAGUCUUUCAAUCAUUUUUCUGUUCUAAUCUUAUAUUUUAUUUCUCUUAUGGUUGGUAUUUAAAUACAGUAUAUGUUCGUAUCUCUAUGUGUCUGUAGCUGCUGGUAGCCAGCAAACAUGUUUCACUGAUUAUGAAAAAAUAUAAAAGUUUUGAUUAAUAACGUAUUUUAUCGUUUUCUUUGCUAUAAUCCUUAGUUAACUAAAAGUUAUCGUUCAUUUACACUGCACUUGGGAAACUAGUUAUUGCACUUCAAGUGAAAAUUCAGAUGGCGAUGUGAUAUUUUGAACUACGUGCGUCACUGUCUAACUAGUGACGUAGUUGAAGUGGAAUAGAAAACUGCGAUACACUACAUUUUUUUAUUGCUGAGAUUUGCUUUUGGUGAAUUUUAUUACUGUAUGUCAUCACUACUACCUCGGUACUAUUAAGUUGUCGGAACACAGACUAUUUAUACAAAUUUUAAACAAUCUACAAAAAUGUUUUGAUUACUUGCAUAUAAUUUCAUUGUUCUCCAGACUUUAAACUGUACUUUUCUUUCAGUAGAAUGAGUCAGUUCUUAACUCCAAUGGAAAUUACGUGACUUGGGUUGUACUAGCCACAUCCCAUCUGGCUCUGAGCAUAACGAAGAGCGGAGUCAGCUUAAGCGCAAACUGACAAGAAGCCUACGCAAUGAUCGUGAACAGUGGUGCGUAGCGAAAGCAAGAGAGAUGGAAAAAGCAGUGGUAAUAGGUAACAGCAGACAACUGUUCAGAUUUGUUCAGUAAACCGGUAUUAGGAGUCCUACUGUUGGUGUAACUAUCUCGGAAAAAUGUGGACACAUUAUUCACUCUCAAUCCAGGAGAUUGGAUCGAUGGACAGAACACUUUGAGGAUCAGCUCAACUGGCAUUCAGUCACACUUAGGUUUCCACGAUCUCUAGUCAACCUGAAUGACAAGUUAAUGUAGGUCCUCCGACUCUAUGAAGUUGAAAAAGCAAUAGGGAAUCUGAAGCGUGGGAGAGCAGCAGACCCUGACAGGUUUACUCCUGAGAUUUUUAAGGAUGGCGGUCCAGUAUUAGCAGCAAUAUUGACUGAGGUCUUAGGUAGAAUUUGGGAACUGAACGUAAUCCCAUCUGACUGGUCUCAAUCACUGAUUGUGUCAGUCUACAAAAAAACGACAAAAGUCCUCUUGUGACAAUCACAGAGGAAUCAGUUUGACUAAUAUAGUGUCUAAAAUGUUAGCUUCAAUAAUACUUCGAUGCCUAACUAAAGCUCGUGAAGAGCAGACUAUAGGAAAUCAGGCUGGUUUUCGACCUGUACGUGGUUGUAUAGACCUGAUAUUCACACUACGUCAGAUCCUAGAAAAUAGACACACAUUCAGAUGGCCCACAAUGGUAGUAUUUCUCGACCUUCAAGCGGCAUUCGUUUCUGUUGAUCGUGAGGUUCUAUAGCAGUGUUUGUUACUGAAAAAAGUACAUUAACCUUAUAAAGGCUCUCUUUUUGAAAACAACCAGUCGAGUGAGAGCUUAUGGUGAACUGACAUCAGGAUUGAAUACCUCAAGUGUUGUUCGUCAUGGCUGUCCACUCUCUCCAUUCUUGUUUAACUUUGUCGUAUACGUGCUUUUAGAGAUAACACUUUCAUCUUCUAAAUUUCCAGGAGUUGAAUUUCUACCAGG